GUUUACUGACCGCCAGAGUUUUAAAUACAUUAAACACUUACUCGUACCGGGAGAUAGGUGUCAUACGGCCAAUCACCAUUCAAAAUAUCGAGAUUGAGGAGAGAGAUUAUCGAAACAAAGUGCUUUCCAGCUCCAUCAUCAUGAACAACAACCAAAAUCGUAGCCCCGGCGACGUAACGCUGGACGUAUUCACUGGCGUUAUCUCGCAAGUUUUUCUCGGCAAAUUCACAGCUGUUUUUCCAAAGCUUUUCAAGUGCCAAUGGAAGACAUAUGAAGGUCAGAAGAAGUUUUACGCAGACUUCAGUACAGACAACAGCAACAUGAGCGGACGCAAAUUCUGUGUGGGUGGCAACUGGAAGUUGAACGGUGACCAAAAGUCAAUCACCGAAAUCUGCAAAACUCUAAGCGGAGCCUCCCUGGAUCCCAACACCGAGGUGGUCAUUGGCUGCCCUGCCAUCUAUCUGAUGUUCGCCCGCAACUUGCUGCCAUGCAGCAUUGGUGUUGCCGGCCAGAAUGCCUACAAGGUGGCCAAGGGAGCCUUCACCGGUGAAAUCUCUCCCGCCAUGUUGAAGGACAUUGGCGCCGAGUGGGUCAUCCUGGGUCACUCCGAGCGUCGUGCCAUCUUCAAGGAAUCCGAUGAAUUGAUUGCCGAGAAGGCCGAGCAUGCCCUGGCCGAGGGACUUAAGGUGAUUGCCUGCAUUGGUGAGACCCUGGAGGAGCGUGAGGCUGGCAAAACCAACGAGGUUGUCGCCCGCCAGAUGUGCGCCUAUGCCAAGAAGGUGCGUGACUGGACCAACGUUGUGGUGGCCUACGAGCCAGUGUGGGCCAUUGGUACCGGCAAGACUGCCACCCCCGAUCAGGCCCAAGAAGUGCACGCCUAUCUGCGCCAAUGGUUGACUGAGAAUGUCUCCAAGGAAGUGGCCGCUUCGCUUCGCAUUCAAUACGGUGGCUCUGUGACUGCUGCCAAUGCCAAGGAGCUGGCCAAGAAGCCCGAUAUUGAUGGUUUCCUUGUCGGUGGUGCUUCAUUGAAGCCAGAAUUCAUUGAGAUUAUCAAUGCCAGGCAGUAAAUAAUCAAUCCGCCGAAGAACAACUGCCGGGAGGACCAAGAACUCUAUCCUCCCAAUUGCAUUAAGCGUUCACUCACACACCCACACCUCGUUGUUACCGCCGGAAUGUAUGUUUUAAUAGAAACAUGUAGUGCAAAAUUCUUAGUUCAGUUGGAAAAAACCAAAAAAAAAUCGCUAUUAAUCGUACAAUUUAUAACCAUGUGUAACUCAUAUUAUUCUGGCAAUAAUUACACACAUUAUAUAUUUAAUUAAAUAGGA